CACGUCUCGUUUCCACCGCCAUUUAUUAAACCAUGCGCCACUCUCUCUCUCUUAUUUCUUCUGCGAUGCGCUAAAGGACAAGAACAAAAACAGGGCACAACACAGAUUAGUAGUAUUAGGAGUAGCAGUAGUAGCAGUGUGAUUAGUGAUUACCACAACAACAAUACAAUAACAACAACGCCAACAUUGGAUGGCAGCGACAACUACAACAACUUUCCUCAAACUUCAAAACCAGCCCACCAAGCCCAAACGACGCAAGUAUCGAGAAACGACAAUCUCCGCUGCCGCUUCUCCAAACCACACCCAAACGAUUCCUCAUCGUCGCACUCCACAAUCCCCUAUAUGUUCCCAAACCCCAUCCAAGCCCCAACCCGAACCCGAACCACCUGCAUUGCCCGAAUCACCCUCCACCCACACGAUCCGCUUCUCCCCGGGUCGCUUCUCCCCCAUAAUGGACUUCACCCACUCCUCCCCCACCGCCAACGGCCACCACCCCUCCCACCCACAGCCCCACGACUUCCCCUCCAGCUUCUCCAAGUUUAACUCCGCCCUCACCGCGGGCCUUUUGAACCCAAUGUCCCCCCCGCCAGACAAGACCCGAUCCAGCCCCACGCUCUUCGAAAUGAUGGCCAGCGAGCCCGAUGUCCACCACAGGCCCACCACCCACAUCCCGCCCACCACCGUCGCCGCCGCCGCCGCUGCGUCGUCGCUGCACAAACCCCAGAUUCUCGAUCGCCACGCCCUCAUGAUGCAGCGGAUUUCGGACCUCUUGGGGUCCCGCAGCCCCGGGAACCAGUUCAACGAUGCCGCUUCCAGCGAUAUCAAGCUCACGCUCAGCUCCAAAGACGGAAUCAGUGUCUCCAUGAACGUGCAUCGCCAAAUCCUCGUCGCGCACAGUAGGUUCUUCUCGGUGAAGCUCUCCGAUCGCUGGACCAAGCAGCAGCAGCAGCGCUCGCCGGUUCCCUACGAAGUUGAAAUCGCCGAUUGCGACGAUGUGGAGGUUUACAUCGAGACCUUGAGGUUGAUGUAUUGUAAGGAUCUUAGGAAGAAGCUCAUGAGAGAGGAUGUCUCCAGAGUUCUCGGUAUCUUAAAGGUUUCAGCUGCCAUUGGGUUUGAUGCUGGGGUUUUGUCUUGUUUGGAGUACCUGGAAGCGGCACCUUGGGCCGAGGAUGAGGAAGAGAAGGUGGCAUCGCUCCUUUCUGAGCUUCGUCUUGAAGCGGUUGGCGCAGGGGAGGUUUUGAAGAGGGUUUCAACUGAUGCUGCUGCCAAUGGAAAUGAAGAGGGGAGUGAUAAUGAGGAGGUUCUUCUUAAGCUUAUUCGUGUGGUUCUUGAAGGUAAGGAUGAGAAGGCCCGGCGUGAGAUGAAAGGGUUAGUGUCGAAGAUGCUGCAUGAAAAUUCUUCUCAGAAUGAUCUUCGGAAGGAGUCGCUGUACUUAGCAUGUGAUGACUGUCUGCAGUUACUUCGUGACCACUUUUUGCAGGCUGCGGGUUCGCAUUUGCAGGAUGUGAGUCAAAUUGCAAGACAAGCAGACAAUCUGCAUUGGAUUUUGGAUAUUUUAGUUGACAGACAGAUUGCUGAGGAUUUCCUGAAAACAUGGGCCUCUCAAGCAGAUUUGGCUGAAGCUCAUUCUAAGGUGCCAGCAGUUCACAGGUUUGAGGUUAGCAGAGUUACAGCAAGGUUGUUUGUUGGGAUUGGGAAAGGACAGUUGUUGGCUUCUAAAGAUGUCAGGUGUUUGCUUCUAAAAACUUGGUUGGUGCCCUUUUAUGAUGACUUUGGUUGGAUGAGGAGGGCAUCCAAGGGGCUUGAUAGGCACCUAAUUGAGGAUGGUCUUAGUAAUACUAUUCUUACUCUGCCACUCUCCUGGCAACAGGAUAUUUUGCUUGCUUGGUUUGAUCGUUUCUUGAAUUCCGGUGAAGAUUGCCCAAAUAUUCAAAGAGGGUUUGAAGUUUGGUGGAGAAGGGCUUUCUGGAAGAGGAAUGGAGAGCAAGAACGGACAAGACAAUUACGAAUUACAACUACAUCAGUUGAGAACCCUUGAAGACAGAUUGUUCCACUGUGGAAGAAUUGGCAGUAAAUUAUUGGUUUCAUUGACGAAUAUAAGUUUCUGAUCGUUCAAUGCAAGCUCCCAUGCAAGAGUUCAAGGUAGUUGAAUGCUGUGAAAGAACGGUUGGCCUUUAAUUUUCCAAGUUCCUAAGAUGAGCCAAAUUUAUCGAGUUCAGCAACUCGUUCCAGGUGGGUUCAUGGAAGGUUCAACACGAGGAUAAAAUUUCUUUUAUGGUAGAGCAUCAAAUAGCUUUGAAUGCAAGAAAGAUGAUGAUGAGGAGGAUGGAUAUAUAUAUACUUAAAUAUCUUUCUUGCAAAUUAGGUUAUCUUGAUUAUUGAAUGGUAUUGAGUAUUGAAUAUAUUCAACGGUUGUGUUAUAUAUGAUGGGAAUAACUUCGAUGGAGGUUAACCUAUGGGAAUAUAAUUUGUUUCUUUACUGAGGACUGUGGAUUCUUUUU